UCUGUAGAGCGAAGCAAGCGAGAGCGAGAGCGAGAGCGAGAGAGAGGUGAGGAAAAAGCAAAAACCGACAAGAAACAGCGCCGUAGCGGCACAUCGGAAGCGGAAAUUCGUGCGAGCCCUGUCCGAUGGUUCGAGAGUGUGUUGGUGAAAAUACCGGUGGCUCGAUAAUCAGGUAUCUAGUGGCGCAGUAGCCGUGGACCCCGACAUCAACCAAGGCAGAGAAAUCGCGCUAGAAGCGGCCGCUGCUGCUGCUGGUGCUGCUGGUGCUGCUGGUGCUGCCGCCACCGUCAUCAUCACCGUCAUCGAAUUGGUUCAUUCAGCGCGAAGAUAAGCUCGCGAAUAACCCGUCUUGCAAGGGAAGGGACCCCCGCCGGUGGCACCUGGGACAACCUGGGAACACAAACCAGUACCGCGACCAGUGAAUUCCGACCACAACACAUAAUCAUUCCCGUUUUUUUCCCACACCCUUGUGGCCUCUAGUGAGCAGGAAACCCGGGGAUCGCUUGAAAGAUGUCCCCGCAAAGCGUGAAACUAGUGUUCUUUCAUUACUUCCUGGUUGUUUGUGUGCUCUACAAUCCCACGGACAGCGGGGCAGUGAAGCUGACCAGCGAGAACAUCGACAUGACGCUCGCUUCAAAUGAGCUGGUGCUGAUCAAUUUCUACGCCGACUGGUGUCGGUUCAGUAACAUCCUGCAGCCAAUUUUCGAUGAAGCAGCGGAAAAGGUUCAGGCAGCGUUCCCCGAACCGGGCAAGGUGGUGAUGGGAAAGGUGGACUGUGAUCGGGAAUCGGCGGUUGCCUCCCGGUUUCACAUCUCCAAAUAUCCCACCCUGAAGGUGCUGCGCAACGGGCAGCCAACGAAGCGCGAAUAUCGCGGGGCUCGAACCGUUGAAGCGUUUUCCGAGUUCAUCAAGAAGCAGCUGGAGGAUCCGAUCCGCGAGUUCCAGAACAUUAAGGAUCUGGAGCAGCUCGAUUCCAAGAAGCGGAUCGUGGUCGGCUACUUCGAUCGCCGGGAUAUGCCCGAGUACAACACGUUCCGGCGGGUCGCAACCAACCUGAAGGAGGACUGCCAGUUCCAUGUUGGCUUUGGGGAAGUUGUGCAGGCGCUGCAUCCUCCAGGUCACCCAAUCAUCGUGUUCCGCCCUGACGUGGCUGUUUCCAACGAGAACGACGAAACGUACACUGGCGAUCUGCGCAACUUCGACGAGCUGAACAUCUGGGUGCAGGAAAAGUGCGUACCGCUGGUGCGCGAGAUCACGUUCGAGAACGCGGAAGAGCUGACUGAGGAGGGACUGCCGUUCCUGAUUCUCUUCUACGCGCCGGACGAUAUUGACUCGAUCAAAGACUUUAAGGCCAUCGUGCAAAUGGAUCUCAUCUCAGAGAAACAAAAUGUUAACUUCCUCACCGCCGACGGCAAACGGUUCGCCCAUCCGCUGCACCAUCUCGGCAAAACGCAGGCCGAUCUACCGCUGAUCGCCAUCGAUUCCUUCCGGCACAUGUACUUAUUUCCCAACUUCAAAGACAUCUACGUGCCCGGGAAGUUGCGGCAGUUCCUCAACGAUCUGUACAGUGGAAAGCUGCAUCGUGAGUUCCACUACGGGCCCGAGAAAGAUACGGUGGUCGAGGCGAUAGCGAGUGACGACAACAACAAAAAACCAACGACACCGCCCGAGUCAACGUUCAAGAAUCUUGGUCCCUCGAAGAACCGGUACACGCUGCUGCGCGACGAGUUGUAGUUGGCCCCUCCCCCCCGUUGGUUGGGACUCGCGGAAUUUUACCGUGGUGCAGCACCGUUCGUUUUCGUCCGGUUCGGUUUCAUCCUAUGUAGUUUCUUUCAAUUUCCAUCCUUAUGUUUGUGUUUCCUGUACUUCCUGUGCCCGCGCUGCAUUCAGUUCAAUCGUUUCCGCCCUUUCUUUUUAUCGAUACGUGGGAUACGAAAGGUUCCCACUGGGAGUUCGAAAUGAAAAAAUUCACAAAAUCUGAAUUUAGUCAAUCAAUCGGUGCCGGCGUGGAUCGGAUCGGCGAAGAAGCAGAAGUGGAAUAAAGAGGAGUUGAAAACCAAUGCAAAUGUGAAAACUAGGGCGUAGUGGCACAGAAGCAUGUGCCCCCAAAGAAUCGAUCCCGUUACAUUGUAAAUUUAACCGCCAGGCUAAACGGGAUCCAAGGCCAAGGGGUGCGGUAAUGCCGUUUAGCGAUAGGGAUUUAUUUAUGUUUUUUUUUUUAAAUCAAUCGAAGUCAUUCCCUUUGCUCUGUUUUUUGCUUGUUUGUUUGGCCCCGCUUUUUAACCACAGCAAACGUUAAUCUUGCAACUAUCGCUUUCCUCUGCUCGCCUCCGUCGCCUAGGAGUGCCUGUCGCUUUGGAGACUGCUCGUUCCAAUCUCUACCAAUCAAUUCGCUGGCGCUGCUGUAGUCUGUUUGACCGGCGUGGAGCCUUACGACGUGGAGCCGUGGUACCGGUCAGGUAGAAGAAUUUAAAAUUUGUCAAGUUUCCUGUUUUCCUAUUUCCUCACCGUUCACGAUCUUUUGAAAAGGGAAAGAAGAAACAAAAAAAAAACAGAAACUAAAACAGAAACAGAGCAAACUUUUGGCGAAAAACCAACCAGCAAAACAUUAGCUAAAAACUUCGGGAGCAGAGUGUUGAAAUGCAAUGCGCUCAUUGGUGCGCGCUCAGUGAUUAAAUAAAUACCAUUCAAAUCGA